GUGUGCACCGUGUAUGGCAACGAGAUUUUUGCUGUUUCUCCGUCUAGCCGCUGAUGGCGCUGUGGGUGUGGAUGCCGCUGAGUCAACCUUCCUUCACACGGCGCGAAGAAGUAGCAGGGAGCAAGAAGCAAAAACAAACCACAGGAACACACAAACCUAGCCGCAGCUAGCCAACGCGAGUUUUGGGGAACCCAGGCAGAGUGAGCCAUUUACGGAUUGUGGAGAAGAGGACGUGGGUGACUGAUCAACUUCUACUGAUUUUACACGAUGACAUGUCAGAAACAAAAGUGAGACAAGUGGAAAAAGCUUAAGUCACAGACUCCACGGCGCCGACAUUAGCAGGCUACUGAGGUAGGAAGUUAACCACACAACAACACCGACGACAUCGACUACGAGUUUAGCGUGACUGUAAGCCUCCAAGGAUGGUGCACGUUGGUGUGUGGUUCUUCAGAGCUCAACUGAAUGUCGCCAUACUGGUUUUCUGCAGCGUCCUGGUGCCCUCACCCACACAUGCCUAUAUCUAUGCACAUUAUAGCAAUAUGACCUCCAUGUUAUUUGAGGACCUUCCUGCCUUGUUUGGAUCUCCACUUCCUAAGGAAGGGCUAAUGGGAGUUUUGGUGGUGUCCCGUCCACUGAAUGGCUGCACAGCAAUAGACCCUCCACCUCCAUUGCCACCAUCGUUUGAUGCCAAUACCACCAAAACCAUUGUUCUCAUCAGACGCUAUGAUUGCAAUUUUGACAUAAAGGUCUUGCACGCACAGCAAGCUGGAUACAAUGCUGCAGUCAUUCACAACAUGUAUUCGGACACUCUGCUCAAUAUGAACUACAGCAAUGACACUAUUGCAGAGGAAAUAGAGAUCCCAUCAGUCUUCACCAGCUUCUAUGCUUCCCAAAUUCUCAGGAAUUUUAUAAUUCCGGAACUAGGGGCCUAUGUGAUCCUCAAGCCAGAGUUUUCUUUUCCAUUGUCGUACUACCUUAUUCCCUUCACUGGAGUAGUUGGCAUGAUCAUUCUUGUGAUGUGUGUUGUCUUAGUAAGUAUGUACAAAGCAUUCUACUUGAUAGUCAAUAUGCCAUACAUUCGUUAAAAUCCACUUUUAGAUUUUCAUUUGACUCAAACUCAAAUGACAUUCUAUGUUUCAGGGGAUGAUUAUGAUCUUUGUGCAAUAUGUUUGGAUGAGUAUGAAGAAGGAGACAAGCUGCGAGUUUUACCCUGUUCCCAUGCCUAUCACUGCAAGUGUGUGGACCCAUGGCUCACACAGACCAAGAAGACGUGUCCUGUGUGCAAACAGCGCGUCACUCGAAACAACCAAGAGCACUCUGAGUCUGAGUCUGAGGAGGAUACUGGAGGACGUGGGGAGGAGGAAGGGACAGAGGGUGAAGCAGACUCGGAGCGCACUCCUCUGCUCCGGCCCUCCAACCUGAGUUCCCCCUCUGGGAGCCCAGGAGCCUAUUCAUCCACCACCACCACCACCACCACGGCCCAGUGCCUCACCUCUCCUGCUCACUGCGACUCUCCAAUCCUGGUUUAUGAGGGCUACCACUCCCCUGAGGAGGACACAGACUCAGAAAGUGAUGACGCAGGAGAGGAAAGGCAUCACACUGAUGAUGACACUGCUCAGCUCAUUGGUAGAGAUAGAGUGGAUGUCUGAUGGGUGGAACUUCGCUGCAAUGAGAUUACUUAGUUUUACCUAAAAAGGGUUUCUGUCAUCAAACUUGCUGUUGUGAUUUAAAAUAAGUUGCGGUUUAGUGGUUAGCUAGACAUUAAGACAUCCAUUACAGGAACAUUCACUCAUUAACCAGAGGGGGUCUGUUUGUUAUAGGCAAUGUACAUGCAGCAGCUGCAUUGAACAGAAAUCAAACAGCUCACUUCUAUACACACUUUCUCUCUGGCACUUCUCUAUUUGCUCGCAGACCUCUGUUUUUUAUUGCAUGCUGUAUUCAUAACUUGAUCACAGCAGAUGUCCUAACCACUAGUGCUGCACAAAAUGAAUGGGCCACUUAAAUGUCCACUUUGUAACCAAACAGAAUGAAUUCUGUGCUCACACUUUAUGUGGAUCUUCUAGGUUCUCUGUGUAAGAUUACGGCAGUUUAACGACUCU